AUGUGGUCCGUCUUCAGCUAUCUCUUCCCGGCCCGCGAGCAGCCGCAACGGCGCACCUACGCCACCAACAACCCCCCCUUGCUCCCCACCAUCGACCAACAGUUCCACCCCAAGCUCCGGGUGGUGAUGAAACAGCUCGACUCCAUCGCCCCCAGAUUUCCCAUGAAGCGAGGCGACAUCGAGAUCCUCAACCGUCCCGACCAGUUCUACUCCACCCUCAAGGCCAAAAUCGCCUCUGCCAAGUCGCGGAUCUUCUUGUCGUCGUUGUACGUCGGCAAGACCCAGACCGAGUUGAUCCAGUGCCUCGACGACGCCCUCGCUGCCAGUGCAGACUUGAAGGUGUACAUCCUCAUCGACGCGUUGAGAGGCACCCGUGAGGCACCCGACAACGUGUGCUCAGCGUCGCUUUUGACGCCUUUGGUGGCCAAGUUCGGAAAGCAUCGUGUGGACGUCCGCAUGUACCACACCCCCAACUUGGCGGGAAUGUCCAAGGCAAUCACGCCAAAACGGUUCAACGAGACCUACGGUUUGCAGCACAUGAAGCUCUACGGGUUCGACAACGAAAUCAUGCUCAGUGGAGCCAAUCUUUCCCACGACUACUUCACCGACAGACAAGACCGCUACUACGUUUUCAGAAGUUCACGGUUGACUGACUACUACUACAAGAUCCAGGAGGCCAUCUCGUCCAUCUCGUACCAGGUCUUACCCUCGCAGAAGCUCAAGCAGGGCUUUAGAUUGACCUGGCCCACCUCCAACGCCUCGUGCGAACCUCACAUGAACAUUGGCCGCUUCAUCAGCGACACCUCCUACAUGUUGGACCCUCUCUUGAAGCAGCAGCAGUUGUCUUCGUUUGACGAGUUCGACGACACCGACGACUACGACACCUUGGUGUACCCCGUGUCGCAGUUCACACCGUUGUUCCCCAAGAUGAUCGACAACUCCACGGAAAAACCGGCAGUGUUGAGACUUCUCUCGUACCUUGACACCUCGUCCAUCAAAUGGUGGUUCACUGCUGGCUACUUCAACAUGCUCCCGGAAAUCCAGGACAGACUCAUCAACGGAAAGUCCGCAGGUUCCGUCAUCACCGCCUCUCCCAAGGCCAAUUCGUUCUACAAGUCUUCUGGGGUUUCCUACUAUGUUCCCGAAGCUUACCUUUUAUUCGCAAAGAAAUUUCUUGAGGAAGUGGCCAGAAUCGGCAAGUCGUCCAUGAUCACGGUGUUCGAAUGGCAACGAGGGGUGGUCAACACCCUUGGAGGAUGGUCAUACCACGCAAAGGGAAUGUGGUUGACCGCUCCAGACGAAGAAGUGCCCAGUAUUACUGUGGUGGGGUCUUCAAACUAUACCAAAAGAGCAUACUCCUUGGACUUGGAAAGCAACGCUAUCAUCAUUACCAAAGACGAAGUGUUGAAGCAACAAAUGAAGGAUGAAAUCACCAAUCUCAUGACAUACGCCAAAAAGUUGGAAUUGACCGAUUUCCAACCGAAACCCAAGCAGAAGAAGCAGGAGCUGGAGUCUUCCACCCCAGACACCAAGACCAAUCCCCACGUUGACGUGUCCGAGAACGCCAUCCAAGCCAUUGACACUGUUGCCACUAUGGAUGAUGACUCCGUGCACCUGGUCAACAAGGACGAUGACGUUGUGUACGAGGUUGAUGAGGACAGGAAAAUCAGCUAUGGUGUGCAAUUGGCAUUGAAAUUGCUUGGGGGACGGUUUUAG